CCAAUCUGGCACAAUGACGCAAAUAUGCUGCUCGCAGCAUCGUUCGGCUCGAUAAAAAAGCCGCUGAGCAAGUUCAACGCAGCGCAGAAAAGUUGAAAGCUCCACUCCGGUCAGGAUCGUGCGAACUUUCUUUUCGCUCCAAGUUCAGUAGCAGAGAUCAUGCUUGUGAGCAAGAUUGCGGUUCUAGUGGCGGUGGCGUCCUUCGUCGUGGCUCAUCUCGAGGAGGAAAGUGUGCGAACAUCGGACGAAACACUGUUCGAGGCAGGUGUUCCGCGGGGGUACUUUGCCCGAGAAGAUCUUUCCGACUGCGAUAGUCGAUUUCACCAUCGAUUUGUUCAAAGCAAAUGUUUGGUGUUCAAUGGAGUGCGGGUGAAUUUGACCGAGUUCCCACAUAUGGCCGUCAUCGGGUGGUCUUCGGCAGAGGAGACUACGGCCGCAAGUGAAGACGAUGACUCGAGCAUUAAGUGGAAGUGUGGCGGAUCGUUGAUCACGCGGAGGUUUGUGCUGACCGCGGCGCACUGUGCCGUUGACGAUAAGAACGUAGCACCGAGUGUGGUUCGCCUGGGGGAUGUGGAUCUCGGGUCGGACAGUGACGACCGGUUUGCUCAGCAGUUUGGCAUCAGGAGAUUCAUUCGUCAUCCCGGGCAUCGGUUUUCGGCAAAGUACAACGACAUUGCGUUGAUCGAACUGGACGGUGAAGUUAUUCUAACCCCAGGAGUAUGUCCCGCUUGCGUGUGGAACGAGGAUCACUUCCCGUUUGAUACGUUCGAUACGGCCGGAUUUGGUGCUACUGGGUUUGCUGAACCGGGCAGUCCUCAUCUGUUGAAGGCUUUUCUGCAGCGAGUCAGCGAUACCAAUUGUACGGAAGCCUUCGAAGGAACUACCCGUGGAUUAUCCGAUGGAAUCACCGAGGAUCAACUGUGUGCUGCGAGCCUGAAUCAGGACAGCUGCCAAGGAGAUUCGGGAGGACCACUGCAAACGACGCUGUACACGUAUAAGGAGAGGGUAUCCACGUUGGUGGGGAUUACCUCCUUUGGUAGGGGCUGCGGAUACGGAUCUUUCGGUGUGUAUCAAAAGAUUCAACCGCACAUCGAAUGGAUAACGUCAAUAGUUGGCGAAUCACUUGAUAUGAUAGAGUGUGCGAAGCAGUACGAAUCAUUCCUGGAUAUCAACCGAUUGGAACCGGAGUGUGAAGUGGGAGAUCCUUACAUCAGUAGAGUUCAAUUACUUUGGAACGACACGCUAGAACAUCCCAAGUGCAGUGGAACCCUGAUCGAUUACAACACGGUAGUGACCAGUGCGAGCUGUACAUUGAACAACCGCGGACAAGAACCAAUAGCUAUUUCUAUAGCCGGUCACACAGUUCCAAUCACGCAAGUUCAGCGUCAUCCCGGCUUCCAGCCAGGAUCACUAAAAGAUGACAUCGCUCUAAUACGUUUACAGCUAUACCUUAAAAUCAAUCCAACAAUCGCACCAGCAUGCCCAGCAGAUCCCACGACAAAGUUCGCCACAACCUCACUUCGAAUCCAAAUGAAGCCGAUGGAGCCAAAAACGCAACUAUUUCUCCAAUCGAAUCAACGGUGUGACGAUAAUCAACGAUCGGCAAAUAACAUAACCGACGAAUCCCUGGACUGCUGGAGCACCGACUACAAGCUGAUCCCAGGGCUGUGCGAGUUUGAUCAGGGAGGACCAUUGUUCAGUUACGGUCACAUGGAGCUGUACGGAGUGAACGUCUACGCCAAGCACUGUGGAUCGUACAGUCCGCUAAUCACACUAAAGUUAUCUCCAUAUCUCGAUUGGAUCAACUCGUUCGUCCUAGACCGGUCAAGUACUCCAGAACCACCGAUUACGUUCCCCGUUGACGAACAACAGGAACCACUUCUGCUCAAGCCAUGUGUGACGAAGCACGGUAUCGAAGGAAAGUGCAUGCAUGCGAUAGGGUGUAUGGUGGAGAUUCGGCGGCAAACGGCGAACUACAGCAGUGCCACGUUGUGUGGGUUUGAGGAGGGUGCGGAUUACGUAUGCUGUCCCGAGGACGAUAUUGGGAAGCUACCCGUGAUCAGGCCACGACCGAUACUACCCGUUUUACCGAUUUUGCCGUUAAUAACGCAAGUUGAGUUGACUGAUUAGCAUUUACUUUGUGUAAUAAAGUUAUUUUAAUAAAAAAUUAUUAAAUUACUUUAUUGUGAAAUAAUCCUAAAAAAAGUUAAGGUUUUUUUAAUUUAGAUUUUUUCAUUCAGACGAAGUUUCCAU